CCAACCAGUUCCUCAUUCUGGUGGCUGAGUGUCAGUCUAUGUCUGCCGGCUGACCCACUUGUCAAGCCAAAAACUGUUAGUCUGUCAGUCAAUCUGAUAAAAAAAACACAGAGAAGAAAUCUGAGGACUAAAAAACUUCUUCACAGUGGAUGAACUGUUUCCUUGACCAGGGAUACACACUAAGAGCGUUUUUGGCUCAUUCCAUUGCUAAAGGAGGAAGUUUGUAUGGCAGGAUGGGCUGUAUGAAGUCCACACUGAGCGAUGGUCUGAGCGGAGGUGUGGAGGUGAAGAUCAGCCAGCAGACUGUACGUACCGAGCAAACGCACUAUGUCAGAGAUCCCACCUCCAGUACAAAAAACAACAUAAAUAAUUCCCUGUUACCUGGUCAGGUGUUCCAAAAUAUGGAAGAGAAAAGGGGGGUCGGUAAAAUAAUGGUCAGCCUUUACCCGUAUGAAGCUGUGCAUCCCGACGACUUAGGAUUCAAGAAGGGAGAAAAGAUGAAAAUCUUAGAGGAGCAUGGAGAGUGGUGGAAAGCAAAGUCUUUGUUAACCAACAAAGAAGGAUUCAUACCAUCCAAUUAUGUUGCCCAAGUUGACACCAUGGAAACAGAAGAGUGGUUUUUCAAGGACAUAACAAGAAAGGAUGCAGAGAGGCAGCUAUUGGCCCCCGCAAACAAACCAGGCUCUUAUCUUAUCAGAGAAAGUGAAACAUCAAAAGGAAGUUACUCAUUGUCCAUCAGAGACGUGGAUGCAAAGGGGACAGAUUCGGUCAAACACUAUAAAAUCAGGAUGAUGGAUAAUGGCGGCUACUACAUCUCACCUAAAAUCUCCUUCGAUGACAUCGGCAGCAUGAUCAAACACUACCACUACAAAGCGGAUGGCCUGUGUCGUAAAUUGGACCGUUCAUGUGUGAAACCCAAAGCUCAGAAGCCGUGGGAUAAAGAUGCCUGGGAGAUUUCCAAAGAGUCUAUUAAGAUGGUGAAGAAACUCGGAGCUGGACAGUUUGGAGAAGUCUGGAUGGCUUAUUACAACAACACAACCACAGUAGCGGUGAAGACGCUGAAGCCAGGCACCAUGACGGUUGAAGCCUUCAUGGAUGAAGCCAAUGUCAUGAAGACGCUGCAGCACGACAGGCUGGUGCGGCUCUACGCUGUUGUCACCAAGACAGAACCCAUCUAUAUCAUCACUGAAUUUAUGGCAAAUGGGAGCCUACUAGACUUCUUAAAGAGCGACGCAGGGUGCAAACUGCAACUACCCAAGCUCAUCGAUUUCUCAGCGCAGAUAGCAGAGGGCAUGGCGUACAUAGAGAAGAAGAAUUAUAUUCACAGAGACCUGAGAGCAGCUAAUGUCCUGGUGUCAGAGAGUCUGCUCUGUAAAAUAGCUGAUUUUGGACUGGCAAGAGUCAUAGAGGAUGACGAAUACUCUGCCAGAGAGGGAGCCAAAUUCCCCAUUAAAUGGACAGCUCCAGAAGCCAUUAACUAUGGCUCCUUCACCAUCAAGUCAGACAUGUGGUCCUUUGGAGUUCUGCUCUACGAGAUUAUAACCUUCGGGAAAAUCCCAUACCCAGGUAUGACUAAGGGAGAAGUGAUGUCCUCGGUGCAGCGUGGCUACCGUAUGCCUCAGCCUGACAACUGUCCUGCUGAGCUCUAUGAGAUCAUGAUGUCUUGCUGGAGGAACAAACCUGACGACAGGCCCACCUUUGACUACAUGCAGAGUGUCCUGGAUGACUUCUACACCGCCACCGAGGGACAAUACCAGCAGCAACCAUAGAGAGGGACACUUUCAGCAAGACUUUGGCAAAUAAAGACAUUUCACAUUCACCCCGGAUCAUGUUUGGAGCAAUUUUAGAUAUGUGGGGUUUUUUUGUAAUUUUUUGUAUAUAUCACACAUUCUAUAUACAUGUAUAUACUGUAUUUCUUUAAUAUUUGCUGCUGAAAACAUACAGUGUGCAGGUUUCAGAAUAUACUAGAUUGUAGCUACUCAAAGUGCCAUCUGUAUGUACAAAUAUUAUAUUUUGCGCAGUUUAAUUUCAUCUCAAGCAUAUUCUGGGGUAUAGAGGAGAUGGAUUUUGCUCCAAACUGAUAAAAACAGAUGAGCAUUAUAUACAACAGAAAGAAAGAGUCUUAAUUAUGUUAUUUUCUUUUUAGUUUUUGACACUAGAGUCUUGUGCAUUGUGUAUUUGGACCAAAUAGACAUUUCAAUAUAUGUUUGUGUACAAAGGGACUGAACAAACAGCAGACAUUAUACAAAGAGUUUGCAAAGGUAGGACAGAAUAUAGGAGGGUUAGUGUAUUGAUUUCUGUACAAACAGCUUCCCCUGUGUAAAUAUUGUGGCAAAACUGAUAAAGGCUGUAUAUAGGAAUAGCUAUUACAAUGACUUGCAGGUAAAACAGUGUGUUCACCUGUGUUCAAAUUCAUUUAAAACUAUAAAAAGAGCAUGAUUCAUAUCUUUGACUUUAAAAUGAUAAUGUAUCAUUUUGUUGGUGUUAUUUGUCUUCUAUCUGCCCCACGUCUGAAAGCAGUAUUGUAUGUUGUGAUGUUUCAUAAUAACAUUUCCAUUUAGGUUAAUAGUUAAAGAAGCAAAUCAUGUUCUACAAAAGUAUAUACAUGUAAGGUUAUGACUAUCCAGUUUACAUUUCAUGACUAAUUAUUUCAUAAGCUGCUCUAAAAUGGAAAACAAAAAUACUGUUUAAUAACCGAAUGCUGAAUAGUAAUACGAUUGAGUUGUGUUCUGUUUGCUGUUUCAUUGACAAGAGAAGGGUUGAUCACCUUUAAAUCAGCUUCAUAUUGAAGUGCUGGAGCUCUUGCUAAUCACAUGUGUAAUCUGGAUUUUGAAGUUGCAUUGGGUUUGACAUUGGAUGACUCUUGGUACUUGAGUAAAAAUAACUUCAAUUCAAACUUAACUUUACAUGUAAAGAAGGAUACCCAAUUACUGUAUGGGCUAUUUUGACCAUUGGAACCAUUAACUGUUUGUUUGUUUGUCAUUUAAUGAUCAUUUGAGUUGUAUACUUGUUGCUAUUUGAAAUGAGAAUGUGUACAUUUUGUAUGGACUAAAGGUGUAUGCAGUAAAUUUUA